GCCCAUCUUUCUUUCGCUCUCCCGCUCCCUCCCUCGCUCUCUCUCCCUCUCUCGGUUUUCAUCCUCUACCUCAUUGCAGUCUGAUCACGUCCCCCCCUUUGCUCUGGACCCCCUCCCUCCCUCCCUCCUCUCUCAUCCGCCUCAGCCGCUACAGGAGCGGGGAGAGAGGGAGAAGAGUGCGGCUGGAUGUGAUGUCGACAGUCAGCCUCUAAAGUCUUUCCUCGGUCGUUCCUCAAAUCUUUGGCGGCGGACUCAUGCGGUGAGGGGAUGAUGCACGGCCGUCGCCCCCGGCUGCCGCGCUGACAGGAGGAAGCAGGACGAUGCAGUGGGUCACUCUCGCGGUGGCCCUGGGGUGUGUGCGUCUGUCCCGGGCGUCGCACACCCCCACGCCGACCCCAACCUCCACCCACACGCCUCUCGUGGACAACUCCGAGGAGGAAGUGGACGAGCCGUGCUUCGAGUUGUGCACGUGCGAGGUGAAAGAGGGCAUCCUGCAUGUGCACUGUGAUGGCCGCGGCUUCACCAACGCCAGCCAGGUGUCACAGUCCUGGAUCCGCCCUUUCAAACUUAACCUUCAGAGGAAUUCGCUGAGGCGUCUCUAUAGCAACAGCUUUCAGCACCUUGGCAACGCGGUGUCGAUAAACCUUGGCAACAAUGCUCUCCAGGACAUCCGGGUGGGAGCUUUUAAUGGGCUGGCCAAACUUCGACGUCUCUAUCUGCAUGAGAACAAACUGGAAGUCUUCAGAAACGACACCUUCGCCGGCUUAGAGGCGCUUGAAUACCUCCAGGCCGACUACAAUGUGAUCAAAAGGAUCGACAGCGGCGCUCUGAGGUUUCUCUUCAAGCUCCGAGUUCUCAUCCUCAACGACAAUUUGAUCCCCGUCCUGCCCGCUCAUUUGUUUAGAUCUGUGUCUCUGACUCAUCUGGACCUGCGGGGGAACCGUCUGAAGAGCUUGGCAUAUGCUGGUACUCUGGAGUAUGUCGGCCGUUCCCUGAUGGAGAUCCAGCUGGAGGAGAAUCCGUGGAACUGUGGCUGCGAGGCAGUGCAGCUGCAAGAGUGGCUGGGUCAGAUCCCUUACACUGCGGUAGUCGGGGAAGUCACCUGUGAGUACCCCUUCCAUCUCCACGGCAAGGACCUGCGGGAAAUCCCUCGCAAAGAGCUUUGUGCCACUCUGCCGGAUAAAGAGCUCCAGGGAGAAGGAGGCGGCCCAGCAGGGGGGACCCAGCCUCAACAUGUACCCACCAACUCUAAGCCGGGUCGAGUCAGGCCCACCAAGCCCUCCUCCAUGGUUCAUGGCUCACGCCAGAACACACACAGCACCUCUACAUCCUCCUCCUCUUCUUCUGCGGAGCGCAAAGACAGAGAGAGGCAACCGAAGGUCCCCAAGAGGCUCCGUCCCUCCCGAAUGCCCCCCACUCCUCGAAGUCUGAUGCCCAACCAGAAUCCCCCGGUGGCCGGCUACCAGACCCGACCCCCCAUCCCCAUCAUCUGUCCCAUCAGCUGCACCUGCAACCUGCACAUCACCGAUCUGGGUCUGACCGUCAACUGCAAGGAGAGCAAGUUUGUCAACGUGUCCCAGCUCACGCCGCGGCCGCUCAACGGUCGCAAGCUCUACCUGAGCGGGAAUCUAAUCCAGAGGAUCUACCGCGCCGACUUCUGGAAUUUCUCCAGCCUGGAUCUUCUUCACCUGGGCAACAAUCGCAUCUCGUACCUCCAGGAGGGGGCGUUCUCCAGCCUGAGCAACCUGAGGAGCCUCUACCUGAACGGCAACAACCUUGAGCGGCUGAGUCCGAGUAUGUUCCUGGGAUUGCAGAAUUUAAGGUACCUCUACUUUGAGUACAAUGAGAUCCAGGAGAUCCAGCGCGGCACCUUCGACUCCAUGCCGUCCCUCCAGCUGCUGUUCCUCAACGCGAACCUCCUGCGAACUCUUCCUCUCGGAGUCUUCUCCGGAGUCAAUUUGGCUCGGCUCAAUCUCCGCAACAACCAUCUCCUCCAGCUGCCGAUGGAAGGAGUCCUGGAGCAUCUGACCGGGCUGGUUCAGGUGGACCUGCAGCAGAACCCGUGGGAGUGCAACUGCGAGGCGGCGCCGCUGAAGCGCUGGCUGGAGGGGCUCAGCGCGGUGGUGGUGGUGGGAGAAGUGGUGUGCCAUUCCCCGGAAAAGACCAAAGGGGUGGACCUCCGCUCCCUGUCCAUGGAGCUGCUCUGCCCGGAGCUGGAGCGCCAGGAGGAGCAGGAACAGCAGACGGUCACCGCCACCGUCCCAGACCAAGCGGCACCUGUGGGCUUCCCCGGCUCAGGACCAAGCCCCUCGGGGAAGGAUUCCAUCCCUCUAUCGGUUCUGGUACUCAGCCUGUUGGUGCUGUUCGUUUCUGCAUUCUUUGCGGCGGCGGCGCUAAUCGCCUACACCCUGAGGAGGCGGGACAAGCUGCCGUUCCGCCGGCAGGGAGAAGUAGACUUGGCCGGGAUCCAAGUGGAGUGUGGGAUCUUCACUGAACAGACGCACCAGCACCAUCACCACCACCAUCAUCACAGCGAAACGCCGUCCCCUCUGCCACCUGAACAGAACCAUGUCUACGACACCAUCUUGCCGCCAGACGCUGCGUCUAAAGGCACCGAGCCUCCCGGCGGGUCGCAUGUUUGUAGCAGUGCCAUUUACAAGGACGAACAGGACGCUGUGCGGCAGAGGCCCCCCAACGAAGGCGAGGCCGGGUAUCGUCCUGCCACGGAGAAGGAGCGAGACUGGACUCUGGAGGUGACGUCGUCCCCCAUUAGCACGAUCACCGGGGCGAUGGGACAACUGGCCGGCCUGCAUGGAAACGGCAUCCUCUGUCCCACGGUCAUCGACAGCCAGGGCCCCACCCCGAAAGUGGAACUGAUGGACUGCCUGUUCAGGCUCCCGACCCCAGAGUUCAGAGACAUGACAGAUCGGUACGCGAGGCCUCCGCCGCGCUACCCGCACCCCCAGGACUCCAAACAGGAGGCCAGGCCUGAGCAAACGCUGGUGGUCACGACUGCCAGCUCCGCAGCAGGAAGUAGUAACGGCAGCCAGAGUGAGCAGGCGGCAGCGGCGGCGGACCAGAGAGCCAGACUGAGGACCACACCGGACUACAUGGAAGUGCUGGAUCGUUCGUACCAGUUCUGAAACGGCUCCCCCUCCUGCUUCUCAAGCUCGUCAUCUGUGGUGAUGAAUCAUCGUGUAACAAUGGCUCCAGUUGGGAGGCUUCAAGAGGAGCCUGUGGGGGAGCGAGACAUCACUGCUCGCCGUGUUUAUUCCUGGAUAACCAGUAGGGGUCAGUUUUUCCAUUUCCCCCCACCACUAGGUUGGAAUUUGGCAAGGAUUAACUGGUCCUACAUCUCCGCCGGGAGCAACAACUUCAGCUGUUUUUUUUUUCUUUUCUGUUAUCCCCAUUACGCCUCGCGAUCCUAAAGCACCGAGGCUCUGGGGCUUUUUUUCUGCUCAGCGCCACAAUCAGUCAGAGACAGCGCAGAGAUGAUGGUGGGUGUUUUAACGUUCAUAAUAUCACACCGAGAGGCACCUGCGUGGAGGUGAGGCGAACCUGCAAACAUCAAACCCUGAGUGAGAGCUGUGGAGAGGACACGGACGACGGUGGAGCGACACGCCGAGAGAAAUAAGUGCCUUAGCAGUGAACAGCCAGCAGCGUGCUCGAUGCUUAUUUUUCUAUGAAUACAGAUCUAUUUAUCUAAACAAUGGGGUUUGACUACUAGCGGACUGGACGCCGAUGGACGACCAAUCAAAACAAUUGCAUUCCCAGGACGAGCCAAAAAUAAUAAUAAUUAUAAUAAUAAUAAUCCCAGUCUUUGAAACUUGUUUGUAUGCUCUUCAGUUUGUUUCGCUCUUAUCGCUUUGUUUUCCCUUCAAAGUCCUGCAGGUGAAGGACGUGUCCUCCUCGGAGAGAGUCGGCCGCUGUGUGACAUACAGAGCCCCUUCGUUUUAAUAAAUAUGUGUAUAUACUUAUUCAUAUACAUAUAUUUAUAUAAAAUAAAGACAAAUAAAGGAAGGACUGAUGCAGGACGGUGGAAAGAUUGUGGAUCUACACAGACUUGCCGAGGCCUCCAGGACCUCUUCGAUUGGACAGAAGCAUUUUGCUUUUAUUUUCAAACCAUAUCUCAGUUCAAUAAAUGGCGAAAAAAGGACAGAAAAAAAGAAAAAAAAAAAAAAAACAGGACAUACCGGCUUUUUUGUCAAAAGAAAUGAGGAUUCUUUCAUUGGGAGUACUUUUUAUGCUUUCAUCGCCAAUCAAUAGUAGAGACAGUUGUGAAUAUAUUUAUUCUUAGUUUUGCGUGUCGAAGCUCUCCUGUUAAGGGAUCAUGUUAUAUUCAUGUAUAGGAUGAUUCUGCAUCUGGUUCAGCCUUCUUACCGCCGACCCAACAAUUACAAUAAAGGGUGCUACAUAAAUAA